AUGAACAGCAGCACCUCUCCAAUUGCUAUUGUAGGAUACUCGUACCGCGCGCCAGGCGUAGGGCGCAAAGGGCUCUGGGACUUCUUAGCUGAGGCCAAGUCUGCCUGGUCUCGCGUUCCGCCUGACCGUUUCCAGCAAGAUGCGUAUUAUGAUGCAGAUACAGACAAGAGGGGCUGUUUUUCAUCCCAAGGAGCUCAUUUCCUACCCGAUGAUGUCUACGAGUUUGACGCGCCCUUCUUUAACCUACGAGCGGAGGAGGCUCGCGCGGUUGACCCCCAGCACCGGAUGCUGCUAGAGUGUGCGCUCGAGGCGGCGGAAAACGCGGGAAUCUGCCUCGCGGAUCUUGCAGGAGCUAACAUAGGAGUCUUUUCGGCCAUUGGGUCCUCCGAGUAUGCUCAGCAAAUAGUUGAGGAUCUACCGUCGGCGACGAGAUGGGCGGCCACAGGAACCGCCGGCUGCAUGUUUGCGAACCGUUUGUCUUACUUCUUUGAUCUUGUUGGCCCUAGCAUUGCCCUAGAUGCUGCGUGUGCGAGCAGCUCCUACGCAGUUCACCUCGCGUGUCAGAGCCUGCGCGCUGGUGAAUGCAAGGCCGCCUUUGUUGCGGCGGCCACGUUGCUUAUUGGGCCGGCACACUGGGUGAUGCUUGACACGAUGGGUGCCUUGUCUCCCGAGGGAAAGUCCUUUUCGUACGAUGCCAAGGCCUCGGGCUUUGGCAGAGGCGAAGGUGCCGCCUGUCUCGUUUUAAAACCCGUCGUCGAUGCGCUUGAGAAUGGGGACCCGAUCCAUGCAGUUAUUCGCAAUUCAGCUUGCAGCCAUUCGGGGCGAUCGGAAAGCAUCACAAUGCCUAGCCGAGAUGCUCAGGAAAGACUUCUUCGCCAAGUCCACGCUGAGAUUGGCUUGCGACCGGCCGGGACACCAGUGGUUGAGUACGUCCUUGUGCAUCAUCCGAGUUUCCAUAUUGAUUCUCCUCUUUGCAGACAUUUGGAAGGCGCGAGCGGGAUUCUGGCCAUAAUCAAGGCCGUCUUGAUGAUCCAGCACGGCCACAUCUUACCCAAUGCGCACUUUGAAAAGUUUAAUGUCAAUAUUGAGGGAGCUGGAAAGUUAAGGGUAGCUCAGAAAACGGUACCGUGGCCGCAAAAUGCGCCAAGGCGUGUCUGUGUAACAAAUUUCGGAUUUGGCGGCAGCAACGCCACGCUGAUUUUGGAGAGCGUUUCGUACCUCUCCUCGCCAGCAGCGAGUCAUACAGCUCAUGGUGCCAGAAUUCAUGCAAAUUCGAAAUUAUUUACCCUCUCUGCCAAGUCAGAACAGAGCGCUCAGUCAUACCUGACUUCCAUCAUAAAAUACUUGGCCACGGUGACAGAGUCCAGCGGCUACGUCAAUGAUCUGGCGUAUACACUAGGGCAACGCCGGACACAUUAUCCGUAUCGAAUUGCGGUGGCUUCGGAUUCAAUAGCUGAUCUGAAGACCCAGCUGGAGAUGGCAAGUCCAGUCAAGAUGAGGGAUCAUGCCAUUGCCUUUGUUUUCACAGGCCAGGGCGCUCAGUAUGCUCAGAUGGCUUCUGGAUUGAAGCAUUACAAGGUCUUUGGCGCAACCUUGGACCGGGCAGAAGCAACCCUCAAGGAGAUGGGAGCGCCUUGGUCUCUGACGAAUGAGCUUGAGAAGCCUCAGUCUGAAUCACGCAUCAACGACGCUGAAAUCAGCCAACCUGCGUGCACCUCCAUCCAGCUCGCUCUAGUGGCACUACUCCAGUCCUGGGGAAUUAUGCCAUCAGUGGUGACGGGACACUCUAGCGGUGAAAUUGCAGCCGCGUUUACUGCUGACCUCGUGUCAUUCCAGACUGCCAUUGCCGUCGCGUACUUCCGCGGCCAGGCUGCGACUCAACUGGCGAAAACGGGCGCUCAAAAGGGCGCCAUGUUGGCUUUGGGUGUCGAGGCUGACAAGGCAAAGGAGCUCCUUGAGAAAAACGCCAAUGGAUAUGCGACAGUUGCGGCUAUCAAUAGCCCAAGGAGUGUCACGCUGUCAGGAGACGAAGCGGCUGUCGAGUCGAUACACAAACUUGCGGAUGAGCUCGGCAUCUUCGCUCGCCGUCUCCAGGUGGACGUGGCGUAUCACUCGAACCACAUGACGCCGGUGUCGACAUGGUAUCUGAAAUCGAUAGAACCGUUUUUCUGCAGUAGCAACAACCUUCCAGGCAAGGACCCCAUCAGCCAUGGAGUCUCAUUCAUAUCAUCCGUCUCGGGCGCUGCUCUGGACGCCACGGAUGCAUCAUACUGGGUGAAGAAUCUCCUCCAGCCUGUAAGAUUCGCCGACGCGGUUACAAAUAUGCAUGGACGGACAGCCAAGGAUGGCAAUAUGAAGUCCCUGACCGUUGUCAUCGAGAUUGGCCCGCACUCUGCCCUCCAGAACCCAGUAAAGCAGACGUUCAAAGUUCUGCAAGACGACAAUGAGAAAGGGAAAUUGGCCUAUUAUCCUUCCUUGGUGCGCGGAACAGGAGCAGAUGAAGCCCUCCUUAGCCUUGCGAGUCGUCUGUUCACGAUAGGUUCCUCGAUCAAAUUGUGCGCCAUCAACCAACUGAGCAAGCACAAUGCCCAUGUCCUUAGCAACCUCCCAGCAUACUCGUGGAAUAAAUCGACUCGCUAUUUGCACAAGUCGCGGAUCGUCCACGACAAGUUGCAUCCCGGCCAUUCUUAUGAUGCCCUUCUUGGCUGGAAAAGCCCCCAUGGAGUCGGCAGUGAUCACUUAUUCAGACAGGUCUUCACUCUCGACCAGGCUCCGUGGGUGCGAGACCACAACGUCGGAGGACAUGUCAUUUUCCCCAUGACUGGAUUCUUGUCCAUGGUCAUUGAAGCCGCCAGGAGGAUCAGCCCUGCAAUGCCGUCUAGCAUUCUUAUAAGAGAAUUUCACGUUAAGCGCAGCUUAGAGAUUAGAGAAGAAGAUGACAUCGACAUCUCCACUAAACUUCGGCCAUCCAUGACUGGUUCCGAAGCCUUCUCUACAACAGCCUGGGCGUUUGAAAUUGCGUCUUGGACCGAGAAAGACGGCUGGACAAUCCAUUGCCAUGGCCAAGUAGAGACGGGGGAGCGUGAAAUGACUGCAGAUAGUCAUGUUUUUAAAUCAUCCUUGCCGCUAAUCGACAGUGAAAGACUGAAGGAGACCAGAGCAAGGCGGGCUUACGAUGAAGACGAGUCAGGGGGUACACUCUACGGCCCUGCGUUCCAAGCCAUCGUCAGAUCAUGGGAAGGCCCUGGCUGGACCGUCACGGAAAAUAAGCUUCGUGAACUUGACUUGUCGAGGCUCUCUCCGUACGGCUCUCUCAUAUCUGUGGAUCCUCCAACCCUGGACGGGUUUGUACAAGGCUUCGGGCCUCUUAUCAAGGCCAGUGCAAGAGGUGGCGGCCUAAUGCCCAAUUUUGUCAGCCAACUUCGAAUCUCCAACCAGAUUCCCACCGAAAAAGGUCUUUGCUUCACCGUGGUGACGCAGUUGUUGGACCACGACACCAAAACUGGUACCUUGCGAAUCAGUAUAGCCGUAUUUGCACGAUGCCGUGGUUCCCUCAUGCCUGUCGCCGAGUGGGAGUGUGUAACACUGAGGUCCAUCGGCUCGUUUGACGGCGGAGACGGCAGCGCCAGCCUCCCGGUGAGCUACCAUGUUGAUCUUUUGCCCAGCAUGGACUUUGCAAGCAGUCAAGACCUGGGAAAGUUGAUUGAAAUUGACCCAGUUGACGAAAACGACCUUGCAUGGAGACAAAGGGCCAACAGAGCUGCUCUGACGUACAUGGCUCGCGCAUUAGACGAGACAGCUGGGGACGAACGAUGCCAGUUGCCUUCACACCUCUCCAAGUUUGUGACCUGGGCUACCGGUCUCGUGCGAGAUGAGAGCGGCUUGCUGGAUAAUAAUGACAAGUCGUCUCUUCUGGCCGAGGUGGCUAAUUUCAGCGCCCAAGGCGAAAUGAUGUGCGCUGUUGGCGAGAAUCUUGUGCCCAUCUUGCGCGGCGAGGUCCAGCCUCUUGAGAUUAUGCUCAAAGACGGUCUGCUCGCUCGUAGCUACGAAGAUGAUGGGAGUAACGCGCGCGCUUCUAGAGCGCUGGCCAGGUGCGCCUGUCAAAUAGCCAACAAGAAUUUCCAUGUACGCAUCCUGGAAGUCGGAGCCGGGACAGGAAGCACUACCCUUCCCGUGCUUCAAGAGCUGUGGCCGCAGGGAAACGAAUCGCAAGGGUGUUUCAGCUACACAUUCACAGAUAUUUCAGCUGGAUUCUUUGAGAAUGCCAGCAGGAAAUUGGCCAACUGGUCGCAACACGUCACGUACAAGAAGCUCGACAUCACCCAGGACCCACGCCAGCAGGGGUUCAAAAUUCAAGACUAUGAUGUAGUCAUUGCCUCAAAUGUGCUUCACGCCACGGCAGAUAUGACGGUGACUAUUGACAACGUCCGAAGCUUGCUGAGACCACGCGGCAAGCUCUUGCUUCUGGAGGGGAUACGUCACGCGCCAGCCGCUCUGCCUUUUGCAGUACUCCCUGGCUGGUGGUAUGCCGUGGACGAGUAUCGGUCUCACGAAGAAGGACCGCUGCUAUCGGACGAAGCCUGGGAGAGGCUGCUCAUUGCACGGGGCUUCUCCGGAGUAGAUUGCCGCGUCGUGGAUUAUACCACGGCGACCGACCACCAAACGAGUGUCAUGUGUUCGACAAGGGUCGGUGUCUCUGAUGAAGAGGCAUCUCCUCGUGUCACCGUUUGCGGCCCCUUCAUGGAGGAUCAAGAGCAAGAAUUUGCCAACAUGGUUGCCACCCAUACCGCAUCCAAGCUCGGCUGCGAAUGCGUCAUCAAGCCGUUUUUGGAGCUCGACGCCGAUGACUCCAUGUGCAUCGUCAUCGACUCCCCGGAUAGCAUCCUGAAGGAUGUGUCAUCGGAAACAUUCGAGUCGUUGCAAAGAGCCUUGCUAGAGACAAAGAGUUUGCUGUGGGUCGUUCCUGAAAAUCACGCUCCCGAGGCCCUGUCGAUGAAGGGCAUCAUCAACACGCUGCGACUGGAGACGGAGGCGAGGAACCUUUUGUGGCUCGAAGAGACACCUCUCACAACACAGGGAGCCUCGGCAAUUGCAAAGCUUGCGGCUAGACUGCCAGACGGUGAGGCAGGAAGCAGCCUGGACCAGGAUUUUGUUUGGCACAGGGAACUGCUACAUGUGCCACGUCUCCGCCAAGUCGAGGCAGCCAAGGAAGUAUUUGGCACCGAGGCGAGGAUCCCAGUGCGCAGGAUGCAGACGCUCUGGAGCGGCGAGCAAGCACUCGAGAUGACCAUGGAUGCCGCGGGAAGCCCGAGCUCCAUCUACUUUCGCCGAACAGACGCUCUACAGAAGCCCUUGGACAACGACGAGGUCCUCGUGCGCGUUGAGGCUACUGGCAUGAACUUCCGCGAUCUCCUCGUCGUCCUAGGUUCUAUGCCCUGGACCCGACCUGGGCUUGAAGGCGUCGGAACGGUCAUGCGAACGGGUGCCGACGUCUGCGAUUUCAAGCCUGGAGAUCGUAUAUACUAUGGGUUAUACGGCGGUGCUUUUGCCAGUCAUGUUCGAGUGGCCUCGUGGCAAGCGUGUCGAGUGCCGGACAAGAUUAGCACCGCAGAUGCCGCGACCAUCCCCAUCGCGUAUCUCACUGCUUCGCUGGCUCUCAAGAGCAUCGCCCGCCUCCAGUCAGGAGAAAGCGUUCUCAUCCACGCCGCAUCAGGUGCCGUUGGCCAGGCGUGUAUCGUGCUGGCGCAGACCCUCGGCGCUAACAUUUACGCAACGGCUGGGACGGGCGAGAAGCGUGAUUUUAUACACGAGACUUUUGGCAUCCCUAAAUCGAAUAUCUACUCUAGCCGUACCACCGAGUUCAAGGACGCCAUUAUGAGCGAUACAAACGGACGGGGCGUGGAUGUUAUUGUUAAUUCUCUUAGUGGCAAUCUUCUGCAGGAGAGCUGGACCCUGAUGGCCGGUUUUGGCCGGUUUAUUGAGCUGGGCAAGAAGGACUUACUGCAGAACAGCCACUUGGCGAUGCGGCCGUUCGAUCGUAAUGCCACGUUUAGCAGCGUUGAUCUUCGCUCUUACAUGAAACAGCGGCCUGACGAGCUGAAACAGACGCUGCUGGAGCUCACUGACCUGCUUAACCGAAACGUCAUUGUGCCGAUUCGCCCAGUGACGUUGCUUCCUGUCUCGGAGCUGGCAAGCGGCCUGCGGAGACUCCAGUCGGGCAAAAACAUGGGCAAGAUUGUCAUCACCAUGGGCCGUAGAGACGCCGUCUUGGCUGAGUGCUUGUCCCCUCUUCGUCCGCUGUCUGCACCGCCUCUUCUGAGCCCCGAUGCGACAUAUGUCAUCACAGGUGGUACAGGCGGAAUUGGGUUAUCACUGGGACCGUGGAUGGUUGAGAACGGUGCGCGUCAUGUCGUCCUCCUCGGCCGCAGCGGCGAUUCCCGACCCGAGGUCAAGAAGGUGCUGCAGCAGUAUGCGCACGCGGGCUCCGGUGCGCAAAUGCGAGCCAUUUCCUGCGAUGUAGGCUCGCGGGCGGAGCUUCAACGGGCUCUGGACUCGAUCCGAGAUCUUCCACCGGUUCGCGGCGUGGUGCACGGCGCCCUUUUCCUGCGUCCACGGGCCCAAGGUGCGUGGAACCUCCACCAUCUGCUGCCUGAGCUGGACUUUUUCGUCAUCUUGUCUUCGCUCCUCGGAGACAUGGGCAACAUAGGCCAGGCAAUCUACGCGGGCACAGCAACCUUCUUUGAUGCCUUUGCGAGAUAUCGCAUGGCUCGCGGGCUCCAUGCCGUGUCAAUUUCGCUGCCGGCCGUGCUGGACGUGGGCUACGUGGCCGAGAGAAACUUGACGGAGCAACUGGAGACGUCACUGGGGGCCAGUCUCGACGAAACUCAUCUACGGAUCCUUGUCAAGGGCGCCAUCGUCGGCCCCUCAUCUGGGCUCAACUUCAACGGCAAGGCAGUAUCGUUCCUCGUGGGCAACGGAAGCGACACUCGCAGCAUGCCAUGGCAGUGCUUCAACCCGCGCGACUUUGUCCAGAUGAUGCACGCUCGGCGCCAUGUCUCGGAGGCCAACGGCACCCGCCAAGGCGGCGGCGGCGGCGUCGGGAGCGGAAGCCGGUCCGGAAACGGCGACCCGUUCGAGGCUCUUUUGACGGCGCUCCUGGACAAGGUGUCGGCCAUCACCAUGAUUGACAGGGACGAGGUCGAGGCAGACGUGCCGCUCGUCAAGUAUAGCCUGGACUCGCUGGUGUCUGUGGAGCUGCGUAACUGGAUUCGCAGGGAGACUGGCGUAGACAUUGCGCUGCCUAAGUUUGUGACGGCGCCGAACCUCCGAGCGCUUGCGACGGAUAUAUUAUCGCAGCAAAAGUGA